AUGACUCCUGCUUAUGAGGCGACUGAUAUCACCCCUGACUAUGUGUCAGUUUAUGGGUUUACCGCCGUCCCUGCGUCCGCAUCUUCUUUACUGUUCUCAGUUACGACAUCGACUGCUGCGCCCUUUAUUCCGGUUUCAGAGGUCCCUUUCCCGGAUACAGUGCUCUCGAAACGCAUCAAGAGAUACGCGCAAUCCCACCUCCCUGUACCCACAUACAACCAUUCUCUUCGUGUUUACCAUUAUGGGCUUGCGAUAAAGAAGCACCUGUUUCCUUCUUGGGAAUUCACAGACGAGACCUACUUCCUUACGUGUCUGCUGCAUGAUAUCGGUUCUACGGAAGAAAAUAUCACCAAAACAAAAUUAAGUUUCGAAUUCCAUGGCGGCUUGCUGGCGUUGAGUGUCUUACAAGAGACCUCGAAUACAUCUGCACCAGAGGCGACCGCUUCUCGUGAACUUGCAGAGAGUGUUGCUGAAGCUAUUAUUCGCCAUCAAGACUUUCGUGAUAAAGGACAAAUCACGGCCGUAGGGCAAUUGCUGCAGCUGGCCACUGUCCUGGAUAACAUCGGCGCUCAUACCGAACUUGUCCAUCCAUCGACCAUUGAAGACAUCUCCCGGCAUUUUCCGCGACAGGGCUGGAGCCGCUGCUUUGCUGCUACUCUCCGCAAGGAGACAGAGUUGAAACCAUGGUCCCAUACUACUGUCUUGGGGGAGGAGGCUCCUGCCAGGGUGCUCGAAAACAAAGUUAUGGCGCCAUACGAGUAA